UUCGUGCGUGUCACAGCUGUGUGUGUGGUGUCUGCCGCAUUCAUUUCUUUUGAUUUCGAUUUCGACUUGCAGCGCCCGUAAGCCCCACGAAACUUACGAAAUGAAACUGCCAGGCGAAACACUGCUACUGCUGCUGGGCGGCUGUCUGCUGCUAAUGUGCGGCACGGCCCAGGCCUGGCACUCGGAGGAGCUGGAGAUCUUCGACUUGGUGGAGGAGAUCAACAAGAACUUCUACGAGUUUAUGGGCAUCAAUCAGACGGCCACCAAUAACGAGAUCAAGCGCGCCUUUCGCACCCUCUCGAUUGUCCUGCAUCCCGACAAAAAUCCGUCCGAAGAUGCCAACAUCCAGUUCCGGAAUCUCGUUUCCAUCUACGAGGUGCUAAAGGACUCCUCCAAGCGGGAGAAGUACGACAAGGUGCUCAAGGAGGGCAUGCCCAACUGGAAGUCAGCUCUCUACUAUUACCGCCGCAUGCGCAAGAUUGGCCUCUACGAGGGCGCCUUCAUCCUCUUCCUAAUCAUCACCAUUGGCCAGUAUCUGUUCGCGUGGGCCGCCUAUCUGGAGAAGAAGUACACCGCCGAGCAGGUGUUCGGUACCAAGCUGAAGAAGCUCCAGAAGAAGAACAAGAACAUCGAUAUGGACGUGAUCCUCAGCGAGAUUCCCAUGCCAUCGCUGCUCAACACGUUGCCCAUUCAGAUACCGCUGGCCAUCUGGAAUCUACCCAAGACCAUCAUGAAUGCCUUCAGCAAGGCCAACGAGCUCAAGGAGCUGGCACUAGAGAAGCGCAGACAAGAGGUCGAGGCCGCUCGUCGUCAGGAGGAGCUGGAGCGUGAGGCCGAGGAGCAAGCCCGCCUGCGAAAGGAGCAAAAGGAGAAUCUGCGCAAGCGCAAGCAAAACAGCAAGGCACCCGAAAAGACCGAGGAGGAGCUGCGCGGCUAUUCGCGCAUCAAUGCCCGGGAGCUAAACGAAGAGGAUGCCGUGCGUCCCGCUUCCCAGAAGAGCACUGUGAGCGGCGGCUUCUGGACGGACGAGGAUCUCACCGAGCUGAUACGCCUCGUGAAGAAGUAUCCUGGUGGAGCGGGCAGUCGCUGGAACACCAUUGCCGAGUCCAUGAACCGCAGCGUCCAGGAGGUCACCUUUAUGGCAGCCAAGAUGAAAGAGAAUGGCUACCGCAUACCCGGCCAAACGGAGAGCGUGGCCGAGCACCUCGUCCAGGAGUCACAGCAGGCGGUGCGCAAGGAGAAGGUAAAGAAGUCCGCAACUGAGGCAGCGGCGGCACCAGCAACUGCCAGCAGCGAGAAGAGCAUGCUGAUACCGGAGACCAACUGGACGCAGGAGCAGCAGCGCGCUCUGGAGGCUGCCAUCGUGAAGAACAGAAAGACGGCCAGUGGGGAUCGCUGGCAGAAGAUUGCCAACAGUGUGCCGGAGAAGACCAAGGAGGAGUGCCUGGUCCGCUACAAGUAUUUGUGCGAGCUCGUCAAGACCCAAAAGAAGGCCGAGGAGGCGGAAGCCAAUGCAGAGCUCGAAGAGGAGCUGGCUCCAGAAGAGGAGGAGCACCCACCAGCGGCCGCACCAGCCGCAGCCGCAGCCCCAGCCCCAGCGGCGUCCAAGAAGCUCAGCAAACGCGAGCAGCGUCGCCGCAAGCAGAACUACUCCACCAGCGAGGAUUCGGAUGAGGAUGCAUAUCAGUAUGAGAUCAGCUAGUCGCCAACAAAUCCCCUGGUGGAUACUUAAUCCUCCAGAAACUGCAACUGCAACUCGCGUGGCUCAAAACAAACUUAGUUGUAAUAAAACGAUUUUUUAAUAUAUUUGUAAUUUGCAUUCAAG